AUGAAGCUCGUUCGGUUUCUUAUGAAAUGUAUCAAUGAGACGGUGACGAUCGAGUUGAAGAAUGGAACCAUCCUCUCCGGUACAAUCGCCUCGGUGUCGCCACAGAUGAACACGGCUCUGCGAACAGUCAAGAUGACCGCCAAGGGCCGCGACCCGAUCUCGCUGGACACGAUCAAUAUCCGUGGCUCGACUAUCAGAUACUUCAUCCUCCCCGACAGUCUUCCGCUGGAUACCCUGUUGAUCGACGAUCAACCAAAGCCCAAGAACAAGGCUAGGAAAGAGGCAGAGCGCGGUGGAAGGGGUGGUGGCCCCGGCGGCGGGCCCCGUGGUGGUCGAGGAGGAGGACGAGGUGGUGGUGGCCGUGGACGCGGCGGCGGUCGUGGUCGUGGUCGGGGUUUCUAA